CUCUCUCUCUCUCUCUCUCUCUCUCUCUCUCUCUCUGUAUUAUUAUUCUUCUCAGUUCUGUUACUUGGGAGUUGGAAGUGUUUGCUUCUGUGUGUAAGGUUCACCAGAAGAGAAAGCGAAACACAGAGAGAAAGAUAGUUUACUGAUUAGGUCCCACUCUUUUCUGUUUUUGUAGUUUCUCUACACCCUUUCAUUUUUUUGUUCAUCAAAGGAUCAAAUGUGUACCAGAGGGCACUGGAGGCCUGCAGAAGAUGAGAAGCUUAGAGAACUUGUGGAAAGAUAUGGACCUCAUAACUGGAACGCCAUAGCUGAGAAGCUUCAAGGAAGAUCAGGGAAGAGUUGUAGGUUAAGAUGGUUUAAUCAGUUGGAUCCGCGGAUCAAUAGAAGCCCUUUUACGGAGGAGGAAGAAGAGCGUCUUCUCACAUCUCAUAGGAUCCAUGGUAAUAGAUGGGCCGUGAUUUCAAGGCUAUUUCCGGGGCGAACUGAUAACGCAGUGAAGAAUCAUUGGCAUGUAAUAAUGGCAAGAAGGUGUAGAGAGAGAUCGAAGUUUUAUGCGAAGAAAGCCGCUCAAACCUUGAUUAAGGAACAAAAAUCCUUACCAAAACAAGAUGUACAGAUGAGCAAUGAAUCAGGAAACCUUGUUUCUUUUUUGAAGUAUCAUGGAAGAUAUGAGGAUCCAGUCAUGCAUGGCCAGAUUCCAAGUUACUUCCCUAACAUGCUUAAAGACAGAAAAACCCAGAUCGAAUUUUACGAUUUUCUUCACAUAAACACUGACUCGAAUCGAAGUGAAGUGAUAGAUAAUGCAAGAAGGGGGGAAGAUGAAGAAGUGGAACAGAGACCUAAGGAGCAGGAGAAGCAGCCUAACAUCGCAUUCAUCGAUUUCAUGUCAGUUGGAAGCUCAUCAUAGAAUUGGUAUCUUCAACAAUAAUCUAACACAAUCAUAGAAAUUAUAAAUGCACAUUCCAGCUAGAUUCUGACUUGUUAGAACACAAAAUAGAGAUGCAUAUAUUUAUGUCUGGUGAUCAAAGAUGAGU